AUGGUCAAUGCGAACGAUCGCCUCCCUUUGGCUCACGUAGUAGACGCAUUCGAUAUAGAAAAACGUACAGAGUUUGCCGACACGGGGCUCUCUGGCAUCCUGCAACGGAACAAGUACGCAUUUGCGUGCAAUGUGUUGCAAUAUGUACUAAGAUUCGCGGCUGUGCCAGUUAGUAGGACAGUGACGCUCUUACCCAACUGCGACUCCCACAACAAGUUCUCGCACCAUCUACUAUAUCCAAUUUUGUUGUGCUCGACGGGAUUGAUGUUCCGUCGAUUAGCAUUAAGUCGUAGUCACCAAUCCUAA